CUGAGGAGAGAUCGUUGAGCGCAAAGCGCAGCGUGCAGCGACAGACAGCUCGGGAUACCCACCGACGGGCGCAGCUGGAAAGAGCCCAGCCCAGAGGCGUGCUCUGAGCCGAGACAGCCGAGCCCGGCGGCGUCUCCGGGCCGCUCCACGCACCCGCCGGCGCCCUCCUAGCGUCCCUGCUCCGCGCUGCGCCCCUCCGGCCAGCAUGAGGCUCCUGGCGGCUGCGCUGCUCCUGCUGCUCCUGGCGCUAUGCGCCGGGCGCGUGGACGGAUCCAAAUGCAAGUGCUCCCGGAAGGGGCCCAAAAUCCGCUACAGCGACGUGAAGAAGCUGGAAAUGAAGCCAAAGUACCCGCACUGCGAGGAGAAGAUGGUUAUCAUCACCACCAAGAGCGUAUCUAGGUACCGGGGCCAGGAGCACUGCCUGCACCCCAAGUUGCAGAGCACCAAGCGCUUCAUCAAGUGGUACAACGCCUGGAACGAGAAGCGUAGGGUCUACGAAGAAUAGCAUGAAAAAUCUCUGAUAGAAAAACUCCAGACCAGUUGGGAGACUUCAGCAAAGGACUUUGCAAAUUAAAA